AUGGACAGCGUAGAGUUCCUGAGAGCUCGGGGCUUCUUAUUCUUGUAUACAUAUCACAGCCCAGGUGGUCACACAAGAAACUUUGCUGAGCUACAGGCUCUGGCAUUAAGUGUCACCGAAACCCUGAUUAAACCCUUGGAAAAAUUCCGAAAAGAACAACUCGGAGCGGUAAAGGAAGAGAAGAAGAAGUUUGACAAAGAGACGGAAAAGAACUACAGUCUGAUUGAUAAACACUUGACUCUGUCUGCCAGGAAGAAAGAGUCACAUUUACAGGAGGCAGAUCUCCAAGUGGAGCAGACCCGGCAGCACUUCUACGAACUCUCUCUGGAAUAUGUGUGCAAGCUACAGGAGAUUCAAGAAAGAAAGAAGUUUGAGUUUGUGGAACCUAUGCUGUCCUUUUUCCAGGGAAUGUUCACUUUCUAUCAUCAGGGUCAUGAACUUUCCAAAGACUUCAAUCACUACAAAAUGGAACUACAGAUCAACAUUCAGAAUACACGGAAUCGAUUUGAGGGAACCAGGUCAGAAGUGGAAGAACUUAUGAAUAAAAUCAGGCAAAAUCCCAAGGACCACAAACGAGCAAGCCAGUUCACAGCGGAAGGCUACCUGUAUGUCCAGGAGAAAAGGCCAGCGCCAUUUGGGUCCAGUUGGGUCAAACACUAUUGCAUGUAUCGGAAAACGGCCAAGAAAUUCAACAUGAUCCCGUUUGAGCACCGAUCUGGGGGGAAACUGGGGGAUGGAGAGGUGUUCUUUUUGAAAGAAUGCACCAAAAGAUACACCGACUCCAUUGACAGAAGGUUUUGCUUCGACAUUGAAGCUGCUGACAGGCCUGGCGUCCCCUUGACCAUGCAGGCGUUUUCAGAGGAAGAAAGGAAACAGUGGCUGGAGGCCCUGGGUGGAAAAGAAGCUCUCAUCCAUACUUGUAAUAAAGCCAUCAUUCCAAGACCAGAAGGAGGUGCACAGCUGGAUACAAUGGGAUUCACGAUUCUCAGAAAGUGCAUCAGUGCUGUUGAGACACGAGGUAUAAAUGACCAAGGAUUGUACAGAGUUGUGGGGGUGAGUUCAAAGGUCCAGAGACUUCUGAGUAUGUUGAUGGAUGAAAAAACAUGCAACGAGCUGGACCUGGAGAGUUCCGUAGAUUGGGAAGUGAAGACAGUAACCAGUGCCUUGAAACAGUAUCUGAGGAGUCUUCCAGAACCUCUUAUGACCUAUGAGUUACACAGAGACUUCAUUGUUCCAGCUAAAAGUGGCAGCCCGGAGGCCCGUGUUAAUGCCAUCCAUUUCUUGGUGCACAAACUGCCAGAGAAAAACAAGGAGAUGUUGGAUAUCUUGGUGAAACACCUAACCAAUGUGUCAAAUCACUCGAAGCAGAACCUAAUGACCGUGGCAAAUUUAGGAGUGGUGUUUGGCCCAACCCUGAUGAGACCGCAGGAAGAAACUGUUGCCGCCAUCAUGGACCUGAAGUUUCAGAAUAUCGUUGUAGAAAUCUUAAUUGAAAACCAUGAGAAGAUAUUUCGGACCUCGCCUGAUGCUGCCCUCCCUGAGCCCACCUGCCUAUCGGCAUCACCUCCAAAUGCUCCACCGCGACAGUCAAAGAGACAGGGGCAGAGGACCAAGAGGCCGGUGGCUGUGUAUAAUCUUUGUCUUGAGCUGGAAGACGGUGACAGUCCCAGCCCUCUCAAGGAGGACACCCCCAGCAGUCAGGAUUCUCUUUCCACUCCGUCUCCCACAACGUCAGCUGCCCAUGGGCUUUCUGGCCCAGAGAGGAACCACCUCCCAGCAGAUGGAGGGGCCACUGGAGACUGGACAGCCACUACGCCAAGCCAGCCCCAGUCAUCUAUGGUGCAGUGGCUAAAUCUGCAGUCUCCGACCACACCAAGCUCCAAUGCAGCCGGUACACCUCCUUCAACAAGGAUGUCCCAUUUCCCCCUCUCUCCUGCUGCCUCCAUUGUAGACAAGCUGCCUGAAUGUGUUAUCAGUCGCAAGGCCCGCGCAGUGUACCCAUGUGAGGCAGAACACAGCUCGGAAUUGUCGUUUGAAAUCGGAGCCAUUUUUGAGGAUGUUCAGACCUCAAGGGAACCUGGCUGGCUGGAAGGGACCCUGAACGGCAAGAGAGGGCUGAUUCCACAGAAUUACGUCAAGCUGCUGUAG